AUGUCUCAAAUGUCCAGGAAUGAGGGCGUUUGUGCCAUAUUCAUUCACGCCGGGGCGGGCUUCCACAGCCAUGAGAAUGAGCAUAAGCAUUUGAGGGCCUGUGAAAUAGCAGCGCUCAAGGCCAUGGCAUUCCUAAAGAGUGGUGGCACCGCCGUUGACGCCGUCGAAGCUGCCCUGAUGGUGCUUGAAGAUAACCCGAUCACAAAUGCAGGAUUUGGAAGCAACUUGAACGCAAAGGGGGUAGUUGAAGGCGAUGCAUCAAUUGUCGACCACAAUGGGCUAAGUGGAGCGGUUGGGGCUGUGCCCAACAUCAAGAACCCUAUCAUGCUUGCUCGGAAGAUUUAUGACAAGUCCAAUGUGCAGAUGGGUAUGUCAAGGGUACCCCCAAACUUCUUGGUCGGAGAAGGUGCCAAGGACUUUGCAUGGGAGCAUGGUAUGGUGAUCAUUCCUGAAGAAGCCUUGGUCUCGCCCGUCGCUCUAGAGCGAUACGAAGUAUGGGCCGCAGAGGUAAAUAAUUAUGAGAAUGAAACCCGUGGCGAAGUGAUUGACCCCUGGAUUCGCCGGCCCAUGACUCCCCUUGACACUCGUCUUGAACGUCUCGAGCGUGCUUCUCAAUCAGGAGCUCACACUGCCAUUCAUGCAGUGGAGGAGGAAAUUCGAACCCUGCCUGAUCCAAGCCUUUUUGCAGAUGUGAAGGGGCGCCCGCGAGCAUCGCUGGAGCGUCAAACUCAGAAAAAGGCCAAGCUCUCAAUUUCGCACCUACCUGUGCAGCCUGUCUCAGCUUGUUCACCAUCUCGCGAUGGCAGCCCCGAUGCCGCAGAAAGUGAACAAGAUGCGGAAGAUGCGAUCACGGACACUGUGGGCGCGAUUGCCAUCGACAAAUAUGGAAAUAUUGCAGCAGGAUCUUCUUCUGGUGGCAUUGGCAUGAAGCACCGAGGUCGAAUCGGACCUGCAGCCCUCAUUGGCAUUGGCACCCAUGUUAUUCCGCGAGACCCGACUGAUCCGGAUGGAACAACAUGUGCAGUCGUUACAUCUGGGACCGGAGAACUCAUCGCUUCAACACUGGCAGCAAGCACCUGCGCGCAAAGGAUGUACUACAGUCAGAAGAUGGGCGACAAUGGUAUAUUUACCCAGGUGAUGGAGGAAGAUGCCCUCAAAGCAUGGAUGAAAAGGGAGUUUAACGGUGCGCUUUCUGUCUCUUUUACUGCCAUAAUUUUCCAACGCUAA